GAUCGCGCACACGACCCCCCCGACCCGACGCCGCCACCACCCACCCCCGUCGCAGCAGCUCACCCCCACCUCCACCGCCAUAGCCAUAGCCAAGCCGCGGGAGCUCCAAUCCGAGUCGACCCCGGCGGAUUCCGGCAGGGCUAGGCGCGAAUCCCUCGCCGCGGCGGCCGCCUGCAUCGAUCCGGGGCCUCGCGGGAGGGGGGGGACCGGAUUUAGGGUUUAAUUUAUGCAUGGCCUCGUCCCCUCCUGGCGCCGGCGCCGGCGGGGAGGAGCGGCCCGCGGCGAGCCCCGCGGCCCCGGCCGUGGCGGAGGCGGUGGAGGAGGGGCCGGUGACGUCGCGGUGGGCGCCGGAGAUCAGGGUGUACCGGCGCAAGUACCCACGCAAAAACCCUAAACCCCCUCCGAACCCUAGCCCUAGCUCCAGCCCCCUCGCGCAAACCCUAGCCUCGAUUCGGAGGUCGAUUCGCCGCCCCGAGGAUGGGCCUGCGGCGCCUCGGCCUGAUCCGCCCGCCGCGCCCGCUUCCUCCCCCCAUCCCCCUCCGCCGAGCGCCCCGGUUGCCCCCGCGCAGCAGGGGGAGCCCGCCGCGCCCGCUUCCGACGACGUCUCCGCGGGGCCUAAUCGGGACGGCGGGGCCGUUCCCAACGGCCAUGGAGACGUCCGGGCGGCCGCCGAGGAGAAGGCGCGGAAGCGGAGGGCGCGGAGCGAGCUGCGGCGGCAGCUUGCGUCGGAGCUCGACCAGGUGCGUGGGCUUUCCAAGCGGCUGAAGGCGGCCGCUGAGGCCAUCGCGGCUGAGUCUGCAGCGGCCCUUGCUUUGCCUGUGGUGGUGCCGCCGCCUCAGCUUCCUGUUGGGUAUGCGCACUCGCAGUUCGCACUCGCUGAUCCUGUGACGCCCAUACCUGGUCAAGUUGCUGGUGCUAUUGUUCCGGUCCGCUCAGUGAUGCAGCGCGGGCCACUAACCGUGUCAGUGACUCACACAGAGUCCUUCGAGAAGGAGAAGCGGACACCAAAGGCGAAUCAGUUGUAUCAAAAUUCAGAGUUCUUGCUUGCCAAGGAUAAGUUUCCGCCUUCAGAUUCACAUGGUCGUAAGAAACCCAAGCACCACAAGAAGAAGCAUCGUUCCUUAGCAUCUCAUGGUGCUGGUUAUGAUGCUGAGCAGAGGCUAUACUCUCAUGCUUUUAAGAAAUCUAUGUCGCUGCUUUCUAGGCUAAUGAAGCACAAAUUUGGUUGGGUGUUUAACAAGCCUGUAGAUGCUGUUGCGCUUGGUUUGCAUGAUUAUUUUGCUAUUAUCAAGCACCCAAUGGAUCUUGGCACGAUAAAGACCCGACUCACGCAUGGCCAGUACAGGAACCCGAGGGAGUUUGCUGAUGAUGUACGGCUGACGUUCCAUAAUGCCAUGACCUAUAAUCCCAAGGGGCAGGAUGUGCAUUUCAUGGCUGAGCAGUUGUUGGGAAUCUUUGAGGCGCAGUGGCCCGAAAUUGAGGCUGAGGUUCAGUACCUUGCCUCAUGUCCGCCAUUGCCAAAUAAGUUUCCACCUCCACCAAUUGACGUGCGCUUCCUUGAUCGGUCAGAUUCUGUAAAACACCAUAUGGUGUUGGACUCCAAGUCAAGGCCAUUAAGUCAUACUCCCACUUAUAGUGCCAGGACUCCAUCGAUGAAGAAACCAAAGGCCAAGGAUCCGGAUAAGAGAGAUAUGACAAUAGAUGAGAAGCGGAAGCUUAGUAACAACCUUCAGAAUUUGCCACCGGAGAAGCUUGAUGUUGUUGUGCAGAUCAUUAAGAACAAGAAUCUGUCUGUUAGACAGCAUGAUGAUGAGAUUGAGGUUGAAAUAGAUAGCAUGGAUACUGAGACACUUUGGGAACUUGAUAGAUUUGUGGCCAACUACAAGAAGAACCUGAGCAAGCAAAAGAGGAAGGCUGAGCGAGCCAUGCUUGCAAGGCAGGAUGCAGAGUUGCAUGCACAACAUGUUGCCCCACAACAACCAUUUCUUGGAUUGCAGAGUCAAGAGCCUAAUAUUGGUGUAAAAUCUCCAAAGCAAAAUUUGAUUGUGGAUGAGAAAUUAGCUACUUCUGUGCCAGAACAAGCUGAUAAUAAUGGACAAAAUGCAAGUAGAUCGAGCAGCUCUAGCAGCUCCAGCAGUGAUACAGGAUCCUCUUCUAGUGACUCAGACAGUGAUAGCUCCUCUUCAGAUGGAUCAGAUGCCGCCAAUUCAUCUUGAAAUGUAGAUUCAGAACUUCAUCCAAUGAAGAAUAACUGUCUAAUUGUAUUUGGCAUGACAAUGCCUCAGCAAGACUCAAGACAUGCCUAUCUUCGUCUAUCUAGGAAAUCUCCGAGUUGCAGCUAGGAUGUCAUCCGAAGGCAGGAUUCUGCAAAGGCCUGCUGAGCCUGAUACAAGUUCCAUUCUGCUGCUUCUGUGUACUUAUGAUUGUAGGUUAACUUUGUACACUAGUCCAUUUUCAUUUGUUUGGCAGCAGAGUGCAGCUGUAUUAUAUGCACCUUGGCAUUAUGGAUACCCCCAGCUGAAGGCAAGGUAUUCACUAGGCUCAGAUCCAAUAAGACAGGCAUGCAUGCUGACGCUGAUCUUAUCUGGGUAGGAGUUCUGUAGCCUGUAGAUUAGCCACAGCUGGAGCAUUAUUUACGUUUUGCCGCGUUGAUUACUUGAUUGCUGCAGUGAGUAGGAAGGUGAUUUGUCUAACAGUUUGGUGACUCCACUCCUCUGGAAUACAGGUAAUGUUCUGACUAUUUAACCGUUCCGCAUCAAAUGUGGCCUGUUGACGGUGUUGUAAAAUUUAGCCAGAUGAAGUCUGUUGAUAAACGUUGCUUUGGUGUUUGUCUUGUGUUGCCUGUGAUCCAGUCCAUGUCCUUUGUGAUGAAUGCUUAUUCCGAAACUGAUCGUACUGUAUUGUCA